AUGUCAAGACACAGGAAACUUCUUGAGUGCGAUGAUGAUGAAGGUGAAGAUGUCAAAUUCACCAUCAACAAAGAUUAUGCAGAGAACUAUACCAAGUGGCGAGAGAAGGAGGAAUUUCAAAAGUUAAAGGAUCGGUAUGGUGAUGAUGCAUCGCUCCACAGUGAUAGCAGUUCUGAAUUAGAGGAUGAGAAUGCAGAUGAAUUGAAUCCUGAAAUUGAAAAGGGGUUUUUCAAGGCUCUGGCAGCACUGAAGGCAAAGGAUCCAAAGAUCUAUGACAAGUCAGCAAAAUUCUAUAAUGAGAAGUUCCCUGAGAAUUCUAAUGUGGCAAGACAGAAAUCAAUCCACAAGAACAAGCCUUUUCUCCUGAGAGAUUAUGAAAGACAUCUCAUUGUGGAUAAGCAUGGGGAAUUAUCUGAUGAAGAAAGUGAUGUUGAACAAUCUCAAAAGCAAGACAGGACAUACAUAGAAGAGCAGGAGGAACUGAAACGGGAGUUCCAGAAUAUUUUUCAAAAUUCAGAUGAUGAAAAUGAACUUCUGAUCAAGCGGGAGAAGACUGCUGCAGAGACUCAGCAGGAAGAGGAGGAGUAUAUAAAUUGGCUUAAGGGGAAGAAGGCAGAGCUCAAGGACAAGAAGCUGGAAGAGGAUGUCAAACCAUUGAAGAAAUUAUGGACAUCAAGUGAUUUGGAUGAAGGUGAGGCUUUCCUCAGGGAUUAUAUUUUGAACCGUAGGUAUAGAGAUGAUGAUAAUGGAGACCGUAUACCUACCUAUGAUGAAAUUGUACAUGAUUCUGAUGAGAAUCUCUCUGAGGAUGAAAGAACAGUGGAGAAACAAGAAAAGUUUGAGCAUGUGUACAAUUUCCGGUUUGAAGAGCCAGACCAGGAAUUUAUCAAGCAGUAUCCCCGUACCAUGAAUGAGUCACUGCGGAAGAAAGAUGAACGCCGUAGGCGGAAGAGGGAAGAGGUACGGGAGAGAAAACACAUGGAGAAAGAGCAGAAGAAGGAAGAAUUAAAGCGUCUCAAAGCAUUGAAGAGGAAAGAGAUUCAAGAGAAGCUUGAGAAAUUGAAGGAGAUCACAGGAAAUGAAGAAAUUGGCUUCUGUGACCAGGAUUUGGAGGAGGACUUUGAUCCAAGCAAGCAUGAUGAACGUAUGAAAAAACUCUUCAGUGAUGAAUAUUAUGAAGAGGGAAGUGAUUCUGAGAAACCAGUGUUUCCCAAUGAUGAUGAGACUGAUGAUGAGGCAGACUGGGAUGAAUUUGAUGUCACUAAGCCUCAUCAAGGGAGAGGCUUGAAUGACCAGAGUGUUUCAAGACAUGACAAUGAAUAUGAGCCACACUGUGAAGAUCCAGACUUUAAUAUGGACUGUGAAUAUAACCCACGCCAAGUAGUCAAGGAAGAGAUUGAUGACAUGGUUAGGCGAAAGAAGCAUAGGCGGCAGUCACGUUUUGCACAGGCAUUGAAAAAGAAGAAGCCCCUGUUUGACCCCAAUGAGAAGACAUUUGAGGAGUACUUUGAUGAGUAUUAUCAAUUGGAUUUUGAGGAUCUCAUCGGGGACCUUCCAUGUCGCUUCAAGUACCGUAAGGUCCUUCCAAAUGACUUUGGCCUGAACAUGGAUGAGAUCUUGGCUGCCGAAGACCGAGAAUUGAAUCGAUGGGUGAGCCUGAAAAAGGCCUGUCAGUAUCGGGGUGAUGACCAGGAGAAAUAUGACUUUCAUGCAUACCAAAACAAAGCAAGGAACACUGCUCUGAAGCAGAAGAUCUUCUCAAGCAUUUACCAGCAGGAAGGCUUUGAAGAAGCUGAGCAUGGUCAGGAUGGGACACAAGAUGAGUCCCAAGAAUCAAAGAAGAAAAAGAGAAGGAGGAGGAGGAAGAAAAAGAAGGAAGCUUCGACAGAAGCUGGAAAAUCAUCAGGUGACACCAUACAAAAUAUCCCACUGGAUGAGAGUGGGAAUGAUACCAAAAGUCACAGUAAGGAGAAAGGAGAAAAGAAUGAAGUGGCAUUUUUUGAAGGGAACUCAGGCAAGGUUCCCAGUUCCAGCAAAAAUGUACUCAAAAAGAGGAAAAAGAAGGAACGGAUGGAGGAAGAGUUGUCUGAGAGAAGGCUUUCCAAGAAACGCAAGAAAGAACAGAAUGUUCCUGAAAACAGUGACCAAGGCAUCAAACUGAGUGAUGAGCGACUUCGUGCUUAUGGCAUCAAUCCAAAGAAGUUUAAAAACAGAAUGAAGUAUGGGAAGUUGAAGGAAAAACUGCCUGGAAUUUCACUGACAUAG